UGAAGUGGCACAACUAUCCGUACCGUAAUGCCAGCCGUUGACGAUGCCCCCGGCUGUCCAUUCAGCAGAAAGAAGAAUCUCCCAAAAGACGCCAUUUGCCCGGUCAGCGGCAAGCCCGCCAUUCAGGACAAACCCGUCGAAGAGUUUGAAGAUACCAUGACUCACCAACAAACCGGAUGCCCUAUAAGCCAUAUAUCAUCCACUGAAGAUCGUCCUGUCUCCAGCGUCACUCCUGGCUGCCCAGUCGAACGCACUGAAAUACCUUUCGGCUCUCUUCCUCCUGCUGGCUGCCCUGCCUCUCGGAUGAAGAAAAACUCUGAACGGUUAGUGUGCCCAGUAACUGGUGCUGUUGCGGGUGAUACACAGCCCACGAUGGAUCACCCAGAGAUCGAGUCGAUCACGUUCCCGUUUCUAGUUUCACACGCCAGUGUGGAAGAAUACACCAAGGCGUGCACUGGCGGAGAGAUUCUGACCCCGUUGCACACCUACGGAAUGCUCAUGGCGAUGCAGAAGCGAUCCUUGCUCUUUGACUUGUUGUCCAGAUUACAGAAUAUGCAAGGUGAGAUUUUGUCCUGGGAGCACUACUUGCGUGUAGCCAAGCCUCUCGUUGUGGCAGAGACUACUAGCUUGGAAUUGCAGACCACGCAAUUUCCUGUUGCGAUCGAAAACUUGGAGAACAAUGAUUCGGUCCAGCUCACGGAUGGGUUUGAGGGAAGAGAUGAAGAGGGGACAUGUUAUUAUUACAAUGAAGUGACGACUGUAAUCCGCGGUGCCGUCACCAAAACACCGGCCAAAUUCAGACCGCGCGCUUCGUUCACAACAAACAAGUUCCUGGUUCCAGUGUCUGAGCCACUGUUUAAAGAGCUGUUUGCAGUGACUGGUGACCUUACCGGAAACGUCGCCUAUCGGUUGGUGACGAAAUUUGGCGAUUUUGAAGAAAUCAAGUUUGGAUAUGGCCCUGAAGUUACCAGGUUGGGUACCGAAGUGUUGUCCUUGAGCGCUUGGGAAGAGGAUCAUUUGAGAUACGGAAGGGUGGUGGUAUUCAGAGUCGCCGAGGGCGAUGUCUUGUUGAUUGAUGGGUGUAUGAAGUGUGCAGACUAGAUCGAAGUAAACACCAAUCCAUACUGCUAAUCUGUACCCAUCACAGGUUUAAUAUAAGCUUCUAUUCUGCUUUGUUAGGAUGAUGACAUAUCUAUAGGAUGAAAACUUAGAAAUAUAUACAACUCUGUUUUCGGCCAGGUGGGUAUAAUUAAAGCUUCGAUUGUGAGGAGCAAAGUCGCUUUCAGUCCGACAGGUACCUUGAUCCAUAUAUCUGAUUCUUAAGGGUAAACCGACG